AUGAUUGCGAGUACACCUGAAACGCUUGCUUCAAAACUCGAUGAGCACAGAAUAGCUUACAAGUUUAGAGACUCACUCGAGAAUGAAAUAACGCAACUUGUAGAGAAAACAAAAAGCGCGUUGGCAAUUUUGAAGACAAAAAUUGGAAAGGAAGGGAUGUCUGGGGGACAAAUUAGGGAAGUCCUCUUGAAGAAGGGAAUAGAGUCCGCAGAGAACUUAGAGGAAUUUAUAUCGACUACAGAGAGAGACAGUGGAUUAGUAACAGAGCUAUGCGAACUCUUAGAUACCAAUGUUUCUCAGAUAAAAGAGAAAGUACAGCUAUUGAAGGCAGAAGUACCCGGAGAGGGAAAAGGCCCAAAUGAAGAGAAGAAAAGUACGAAUCAAGGUAAGAGCAAGAUGGCUGAAAGCAAAAGAGAAAAUUUCGCUUUGCAGGGCGAUCUCGCAGAUCUUUCGAACAAGAGGAUUGGUACGCUUUACGAACCGCGCUUGAAUCCGCAUUUCCAGAAUUGGGAAGAAAACGGAAGGGAGCCGGAAAUGGCAGAGCAAUCCCUGGAAGUGUAUGGCAAGGGAAGCUUUAAGCAAGAAAGGGGUUGGAAGGAUAGAGCCCGCGACUAUACACGAGUGAAAGAAUACCAAAGCCGACACCAGUGGGGACAGGCAACACAAGCGCCCUCGGGGAGUAGGGAGGAGAAUGCCAUGCAGCCGCAGGAAGAGGCGGAAGACAGAUAUGACGGAAAAGAAUGGAGAAGUAAAGUAAGCGUAAGAGCCAUGCCCGAAAGAACGGAAACGUUAAACCGAAGCCAAGUUAAGGCAACGGGCAAUCGGUACGUCAUGGAAAAGGCGAACGAACCGAGGUGUUAUAAUUGUGCAAGGUAUGGGCACUUAGCGAGAUCUUGCCCAGAGAAACACAAUAGCCGACAGAACAGCGCCAUUACACAAAACGAAGAAAGUAUGACUCCAAUCACUUCACUAAUUCACCGAGUGAAAGCUAUAGGAGUGAGAACACAAUGCAAAACUGCUAAAGGCGUUGUGGAAGCGCUAAUCGACACAGGGUCGAUGAUCAGCAUAAUACCGCUCAAGGUCCUAGCCGCAGCGUACGGAGGAUACGAUGUGGAUUCCUUAGAGCGCAUCAAGGAAGACGACGUGAACAUUGUCUACGAUGCAUCUAGCAAUGAAAUGAAAUUUUUAGGAGGAGUAAGAAUUCCAACCGCAAUACAGGGAGGUAGAACAGCGCAAGUAGCAUUCUACAUCUCCGAAGAGGAUAGUUUAGAGAUCUUGCUAGGUACCAAUGCUUUAGAAAGUUUAGGAAUCAAUAUAGCACUCCAACCCGAACGCCAGAAACAGGGAGGUCACCCACAAGAGCAGGAGACGGUGGUCAGGGUAGGGAAACGAGUUAUAGUCCCGCCGUAUGGAGUGAAUGGUUACUGGCAAAUUCCUCUGGAUGAGCAGACAAAACAUAAGUCUGUCUUCACAACGCCAGAGGGACUCUUCCAAUUCAAAGUGACCCCAUUUGGACUGAGCACGAGUCCGGCAACAUUCCAGCGACUAAUGGACACUGUUCUAGAAGGGCUUCUACUCAGAUAA